AUGGAGCGCAAGGGGGACCGCAUCCCUACUGUAAGUGAAUACAGGGAUAUGCUGGAGGACUUGCUGUAUGAGGACACCCUAUACGACAAAAAUCGGGGUAAAACAAGCGGUGUGUACGCUACCCUUGCCGGUCGCCCGAGCGAAGCAAUCUCAGAUGGAAAAAGCGGUUCGAAAGGAAAAGGCAAAUCCGAAGCGUGCCCCUGCAACAAACCCCACAACGCAAACCCCCUGGAGUGCACCCGCGUGGAGUACGCCCUUACCGGGCGAAUCAAGCCUUCCCAGGACAAACUAUCGAGGGACGAGUGCAAGGAGAUUCGAAAGCGUAUCAAUCAGUCCGAGAACUAUGAUCUCCGAGCCGAAUUAGCUCGGAAAGGCUGGAUCUGGGCGACGGAACCUCCCAGCUUCCGAAACCCAGCGCCGCCUCGCAAUAGGUCGUCAGGAAAUACCGGCUCUAAAGCGAAAUCGCAGCAAGAGGAGAAUGAGUCAGAGGUGACACUGAAGAGAAAUAUCCACGCAGUAACGAUCAGCCGUGAACUUCUCCGGGAAAUUUCGGACGACUUCGACUCGGACUACGACCAACCAAGCGUAUUUGCAACCCCACUGACGGGACCCCAUGUUCUGUCACGAAGCACGGUUCUCGACAACUGCGGAGCUACGCACCUUGUUAACAACCUUGACUUGCUUGAAUCGUCUUCUAUUAAAACGUGCAUCGGCGACGAGAGAGUCGACUCAGGAACUGCUUCGUACCCAAUCCUAGCAAAGGGAACGUGGAUCUUGCCAAAAGCACUAAAUGGCCCUGAUGGAGACCUCACAGCAGACCUUACGCUCCAUAACGUUGGAUACGUAGAGAACUUUCACGUUAACAUCGUUUCGGAAGCACUCCUCCGAAAGACAGGCAUCUGGUACUCCGGAUUGGAUAACACACUUCGCCAGGGAACGUACAAAAACAGCGUGGUAGUCAAGCAUCUUGUUAGGAAGAUGAACAUUACUUUCUUCGAAUAUAAGACCGGUUCCCAGUAUAUUGCUCAGAAGCGAAUUACCUCGAGUAACGCAGGAAUCGUGAACCAUUUGGUGCUUGCAGUACAGGAUCCCGCUCGACUCUCGCUUCGUAAACCACCUGAUAGGGUCUCAUGGGAUCUCUUCGACUACCCGACAAGCUUUGACAAGAACCGCUGGCUCUUAGUGAUCAAAGACGAAUAUACCGGUCGUCUUUUCGCGUUUCCGCGCCAUAACGGGAUUGAAAUCGAAGAGACACCCCCCUACACCAAGGAACCCAAUGGCGGAGGCGAACGAGCGGGCCAGGAAUUAAUAACCCGAGCGAUAAAGAUGCUCAGCGCAGCGGGCCUGCCAACUACUCUCUGGGUGGAAGCAGUCAUGGCAGCCGCCUACCUGUACAAUAUGUCACCACGGAAGCGAAGAGCUUGGCUCUCACCAAUUCAAAUCUCGGAACCUCCGGCUACGGCGAACCCAGGACUCCAAUUCCUCGGACUCGCAAAACCAAGCGAACUCGUAUUUUCACUUGAAGAGCAGCCCCUGCCACCUGCCUUCGCGCCGUCGACCGUAAUCUCAGAAGAGACAACGGUAAAACGCUCCGCGGUUAACAGCCGACGCGAAGAGGGCCUGCUCACCCCGGAACCGACCCCUGAGCCGGCCGCAGCGCCGGAGGGGACGGACGGGCAAACGACCGGCCAACAAAGCUCCGAAGCGAUGGACGCCGGCGUUCCCGACCCGGGGCACGAAGCCCUCUCUGAGGCGGUCGAAGACGUGAUAUACGUCAAGACCAACAACGAACCUCCACGAGAACCGGCCGUGGAGGCCGACUCGAGUAAUGAUCUCGGGGGUGACUCCCCAACUCACCCGGUGCGGCCACACUCGGAUAAUGGGAACGGGCGCGAACCCGAGAUAAAGACCAAGCGGGUGUACAACCGCAAGGACUACGGCCAACAACAGGGCAAACCGAGACGAUCACCUCGCUUCGCCCAACACUUCGCAUUCCUACAAACGGAACAGCGGUCACUCCACAGCGAGUGA